AUGUCAACAACACCAACCAAUGAUACGGUUAUCAAUGCAUAUAGAUCAUCGCAUUAUGGUUUGACAGACGCUGUGGUCAGAAAUUCUGGAAUAGCAGCCAAUGUCUUCUCAGCGUUGAGCUUGACCAUGACGUUGGGUUUCCUCGGCGGGACAAUAUGGAUAUACUCUUAUCCCAAUUGCAGACAUAUAUUGGAUAGGGUAUCAUUCAGGUUAUUGGUCGUAGCUAUGUUUUUCGAAUUUUGGUAUUCAUUCAAUUUCCUACUUCUUUAUAUCAACGACACGAUAUAUCGACCUGGAGGUUCUUGGGGUCCUAGUCAUUGCACGGCCGGUGUAUAUUUCUUGGUCAGUUCGAUGCACGUCGUCGACCUACUUGUUAUGUUCAUAGCUGUCAACCUCUUCCUCACCAUCAACAUGGGUAUUAACCCACUCAAAUUACAGCUAGAAAGAUGGUAUAUCGGUAUAUCAAUAGCUAUAGGAUACAUCGUUCCACUCCCUUCAGCAGCGACACAGCAUUUCGGAUGGGAUUCUGCUCUAGGAACUUGUUGGAUCAAUGGCAGAGGUAGAAACAGACGUGUGGAUUACCUUAUUGAGGGAAUCUACAUCACACCCAUUAUAACUUGUUUCGUAUCUACUGUCUGUGUCGCCAUCGUAUUGGUCGUUCUAUUCAGACAAGGUCGGGCUACUAGCCGAGCUCUAUUCGGAGGUCAAGGUGGGAAACAAACAAUUGGCGAUCUAUCCGAGAACGGCACAAUCUCAUUAGAUCCAUUAUCCUAUUCCAACUCUACUGGGACCGAUACAGGUACAGGUACCAUCUUGACAAAUUCCAAUUCCUUUGUCGAUUCUACAGAUACAAACACGACCCUGUUCGAGGAGAGCAACACCACCACCAAAGAAGGGAUCAAUCCUAAUCGGAAUCAGAAGAGAACAAAGGGAGCUAGUAGUAGGUUGAUGGAUAAGACGAAGAAUUUUGUACGAGGAAAAGGAUGGAAAACGACUGAACAAUCACCUCAAAGUUAUUUUCAUUCGUUGUCGGAUAAAUUCCUAAGUAUUGCGGUUAAGAUCGCUUGGUAUCCUAUUACGCUCCUGUUCAUGAAUGCUAUCAUGAUGGUUGGUGACUUGGUGAUUGCCGCUCAGGGAGGGGUAGCAAGUCAUAAGACGGUUUGGCUCUAUGUGAUUUAUUAUGUUUUGUAUGGUGGAAGAGGUAUCUGUAUUGCUGGGCUCGCCAUUAUAAUUGACCCGAGUCUGAGAAGAGGUUUGAAAGCAGCAUGGAGGGAGAGGCAGAUGAAGAAGAACCCAGAUAUACUCCCUACGACUACACAAUCUAUCGCCGUCGAGACCACCCUCUCGCCUACCUUUAAUCGUACGCCGUACUCUACCGCUUUCGAUCCAAUGUCAUCAUCUAUCGGUCAGACCGAUUCAAUACAAGCUCAUGGGAAUGGGUACAGACCAAGAAUCGACUCAGACGCCUCAUUCGAUUUCGCUACUGCUCUAGCUUACAUACCUGAUCCGACUAGUUACCAGCGGGAGAAGGACAGGGUUAGGGAGGCUCCUUGGAAAGAUAAUCAAACGCCAUUACCAACUGUUGAAGUUGAUUUAUCAUAUCUCGAUCAAGAAUUAGAUAUGACAAUUUUGAAUGAUUCGAAUUCCAAUUCCAACAGUAAUAAUGAUAUAUCGACCGACUCACCACCACCACCAGCUCCUCCUCCUCCAGUCAGACCAAUGCCUGUAGCCUCAAAUGGUAGACCUAUAACUUCCAAUAGUCAGAAGACGGGUCGAGGCAUAUUAAGUAGAUUACCUGGAAAUUCUGGCACUACGAGACCCCUUGAACUUCGACCGAUCGAUCCUGAAGUAGAAAGGAGGAAAGAAGAAAAGAGAAAACGGGAAGAAAGAGUUAAAGAAAUCAAAAGGAGGUUUGAAGAGGUUCAAAGGCAUUUAUAA